AUGCUGCUGUGGCUGCUGACAGCAGCAGCAGCUCUCACAGCAGCAGCAGCAGCGGGGGAUGUCUUGCUGCUGCGGCGAGCAGCUAGCUGCUGCGUUGAGUGUCUUGUUGCGCUACAACCUUGGAUCGUCUCCCUGGAGUUCCUAGCGGCAAGCCAAUCCUCUGCGUCGGUUUCUGCACUGCAGUGCGCCGCUGCUGCUGCCGCUUUUGAAGGGCAGCAUCAUCUGGAAAACGAUCUGGCGCGUUGUCUAAGGAGCAGCAGCAGCCACACGCUUUUGCUGCUGCUGCCUUUUUGCUGCUGCCCUGCUGCCUCUGUCCGACUGCAACAACGAGACCUUGAGAGGCGCUUGGGAUUCUUCCCUGCACACGCGUCUUUGAUUUUGCUGCACAUUUCUUCCAGGCUUCUCCCGAUGCAAGAGGAGAAGCAGCAAGAGCGAGAGGAGAAGAAGCAAGAGCAAGAGGAGAAGAAGCAAGAGCAAGAGGAGAAGAAGCAACAGCAACAGCACCAGCAAAUGCCGAACGUCGGACGAGGAGGUCUCUGCCUGACAGAUUGGCAGAAGCAGCAAAACGCAGCAGCAGGUAGCAGCAGUUGUUUCCUCCUGGCGUCUUCUGACCUCAAGAACCUUAUUCUGUGCCGCGUGUUUCCAAAGUCUCUUUCCACAGCCCUUGCAGCAUUCGCCUCGGCGGGAGCUGCACAGGAGGCAAUUACAGCAGCGGCACCAAGCGAAAAACUGCUGACGGGCAGAGACGCUUGCAGUUUUUUUCUCUGGGAUUGCAGAGCUCAGUCCACAGCACUGCGCUCUGUUUUACGCCAGCAGCAACAGCAGCAGCAACGCAUGCAGCAACAGCAGCAGCAACGCAUGCAGCAACAGCAACCGACUACUGGAGGUGGUGAAGCGGAAAGGCCUUCGCGCUCAGUGCGAAUCUGCAGCAGCCUUCCAUCGCUUGCGCCUCUGCUGAGACAGCAGAACUGGCUACAGUGGUGCGUUGCGGUGGCUUCUGGGAGAGCGACGCAGCUCGCUUACCAGUGCUACUCCCCUGAGCAGCAGCAAGAACAACAACAAAGGCAGCAGCAAAUGCAGCAGCAAAUGCAGCAGCAAAUGCAGCAGCAGCAGAACAACGCUGCUGGGACUGCGUUGCGGAGCGCUGCUGUUGCGACACCAGGUGCAGCGGCAAACGCAGCAGCAACGCAUGCAGCAACAAAUACGCGGCAGGACAGAUUCACCUUCCUGCAGGAUUGGUGGCGAGAACGCUGGCUCUUGGAGAGGCGUAGCGAGGAAUGGCAGCAAGAGCUGCUGUUGCUGCUUGGCCCCUCUGCGCUGCUGCUUCAAGGAUGGCCAUUGCAUGCACUCCACGACAUAGGCACCCCCUCUGAGCCUCUCCCUGCCAGCACAUCCAAGCAUCAGACUCUGCAAGCCGCCUUUGCUGCUGCUGCUGCUGGAGCUCAGGAGAAACCCCACACAGCAGCAACAACCGUCGCGGACGAGACGCUGCUGCAACGUCUUGCAGAGCCACUGCAGCUAAUUCUUCUUUGGUUAAGCGCCUGGGCAGGCGCCAAUCCUGUCCAGCAAAUGCAGCAGCAACGCAUGCAGCAGGAACAGCAGCAGCAAGUGCAGCAGCAGGAAGCAACCCCUUGGUGGUUCGUCUGCACCUGCGGCGCUAUGCACAGAGGAGCAGAGACAGGAGCCUCCUCUUCAUUCACAAAUGCAGAGCAGCAGCAUCAACAGCAGCCGCUGUUGCGUCCUGUGAUCGAGUGGAUUAACUCUCCUUCCGCUGCUCCGGUGCUGCCUUCCUUAGCCGCAAUCUGCUGCAGCCUGUGCUGCACAGCUCAUCUCAUCGUUCAGCCCUCAGCAGGCAGCCACCCCUGGGAACUGCAGGAACAACAGCAACAACAAAAGCAACAGGAACAGCAACAACAGCAACAGCAACAGCAGCAACAACAACAAAAGCAACAGCAGCAACAGCAACAGCAACAACCACCAGUCGUGGAGGUUUAUGGGGAAGAGGACAUUGAACAGGUGCUGCAGCACAAGCCAGUUUUUUCAGUGCAUGAAACUCACGCACAGCACACGGAUGCAGACACAUUUACAGCAGCAAGUGCAGCAGCAAAUGCAGCAGCAACUGCAGCAGCAACUGCAGCAGCAAAUGCAUCAGCAAAUGCAGCAGCAAAUGCAGCAUCUCAAGGUACACCUUCGAAGUCUUUGAAGAAGGCGGUGUCAGCAGCAGUAGCGGCCGUACGACAGAGCACGCCGAAGCGUCAAGCAGCGCAUGCAAGAGGGGCAGCAGCAGCAUCAGCAAUAAAAACGUUGCAUUCAGCCGCUAAGACACCAACGACACCAGCAGCCUGCAGAGGAAAACCCCUAUCCUCCGCGCGAAGAAACGUCUCGCAGAAUUCCAUCUGCGCUGCUGCUGCUGUGACAGCCAGCUGUCUCGUGGCGAGCAGUCCUUUCUCUGCUGCAGCGCAUGCAGCAACACACGCAACAGCAGCACGAGGAGGGCAGUCCCACGCAUGCCAGCGGCAGCAACUGCAGCAGCAGCGCGAGGCUCCUGCCAUGGCAGACAGAGAACUCACGCAGCGCUUCAGGCAGGAAAUGCUGCAGCUUGACGGGAGUCGGCUCUCUCUGUCGCUCGAAGCCUUAGGAUUGUUGCUGCUAAACGUCUUGACACCAGUCUUGCAGCCUCACUGCGGUGUCUCUGCUGCUGCGACGUCCUUGCUGCAUCUUGGCUGCAACUUGCAGAGCCAGCAGCAGGAUGCAACGCCACGCAUUCUGCAGCAAUUGGCAGCGAGCUUCCUGUGCUGCAUUGUUCUGCGGCUGCAGGCAGCCACAGGGCAGUCCGGCUGCUCCUGCUUGCAGCAGCAAAACGAGCAGCCUCUGCGCAGUUCUCGCAUAGACGCCCAGCGCUUCCGAGAGAUGUUGUCGCCUUUGUGCUCCUCCUGCAGAUUUUCCCCGACAGUCACACUGAAACUCAGUGGUAAAGGGAAUGACACCAGCAGCAACAGCAGCAUCAAUACCAGCAGCAACAGCAGCAUCAAUACCAGCAGCAACAGCAGCAGCCUUGUCGAAAUACAGCGACCGUUAUGGUCUACAGGGUGUGAGCCAAUGACUCUGUAUCUUCACUCCGCACUUCUACAGCUGCCUAUCGAGGGUCUUAAGGUGCUGCGGCAACAAACUCUCUGCCGGGGAGUUCAUCCUGCGAUCACUGCUGCACUACUGCAGGGGCAUGCAGAGCGCAUGCAGCAGCAGCAGCAGCAAGAGGACCAGCAGCAGGAGCACGCUGAGAGGCAGCAGCAGCAGCAACAGCAAGUUCAAGAGGGGGACUGCCCCAGGAACGUCCUCCAUGCACUGACUGUGACUCCCCCCCCCCCAACCGCGUGUCUCGCUACAACAGCUUCUGCUGCCAAUGGUGCAACUCCCUCGCCCUCUGCUGCAUUACCCCUUUCAGGUCUGACGGUACAUACGGCAGCGCCUUCUGUGCGCUGCCGCGAAGCAGCUUCUGGCACGCCUCCAGCGGCGUCUGCUAUCCUGCAGCGCAACGUGAAGGCUGCAGCAGCAGCGUCUGCUGCAGCAGCUGCGGCAGCGAGUGCCAGAACUGCUGCCUGCUGCAGCACGAGACAGCAGCAGAAGCAGCAGCAGCACGCGCAGAGGGCCUCUCUUAUGGACUUCAAGAUACACCUACUUGACCCCCCCAGCGCACUCAGCGACUGCAGCCGACACAACGGAUACAGCAAACUCAACAAGCCCUUCACCAUCCACCCACUGCUGUACAGGGAAGUCCUCCUAAGGUGGAAAGGCGCUGCUACCAACCGCGAAGCGAGCAGCAAAAGCAACGAAUCGGCAGUCGUGGGAGGCAUCGACAUGGAGUGGAUAAACUUGCUGCUUAGCGCCGAGAUCGUCUUGUACUGUGGGCAUCAGGGCGGGGAGCAGUUUACAGAUAUGGCUUUGCUGCAGCGCUGUCUGCUACUUCCCGAGGAUGCAGCUAAAGCAGCAGCGGCAGCUGCUGCUUUAGCUGCAUCAGGGCAGCCACCCCAGUCUAGGCCUGCUGCUAGAGCCGCUGCACUCCUUUGCGGCUGCAGCAGCGUGCAGCUCCGCAGCAGCAUCAGCGGGGGAGAACCCUUCGGGACUGUUCUCGACUAUCUGAGUGCUGGCUGGUAA